AUGCAAAGAAUGUUGGAUUUGCCCACCUUGUUGACCUUGUUGAUUAGCAUACUUUUGCUAGUUUGGUUACGAUAUUGGUUACCUUGUACUGGUGAAUGUGUGAAAAUAUUUACAGAAAUUGUUGAAGAAAUAGCUACAAGUUCUACUAUGACUGACGGUGAGCAAUAUGAUAAAAAGAUAAAACAACUUUUAAUAAAUCGUGUAUUGUCGAAAAAUAGAACAUGGAUAAAAGGAUCUUCUACCAUAGCAUUUUAUUAUUGUGAUCAUGUUUAUAAUAUACGAUAUGUUUUAACGGGACGACUUCGAUAUAAAGCGUACGGUAUAAAUGUGUAUAACGUGGGUUUUGUGAAUUUGGGCGCAAACGAGACGUAUAGAAAUCUUAUGAGUAUACCUACAAGUUUUAAAAAUGAUGAUUAUUUUUUUGCUCGGAGUUCAUCUUUGUUUGAUACGUUUUAUACGGUAUUACGAAGCAUAAUUUAUCAGAAGGUUGAUGUGUGGAGAAUAAUUAAAGAGAUUGUUAUGAGAACAAAAAUACUAUGCAGUUAUAUGUUGUUACAAGAUAUCAUUGAAGAUAUAGCAAAGGCUAAAGCGACGAACAUUUGGCUUGAUCUAUAGUAUUUUUUUUUUUAGACUAUUGAAAUGGAAUGGAUGCAAAAUGUUCGCGAUCCUUUGUUAUCUAUAGAUAUUCCACUACAAAGUAGAAUGUGUGAUGGGAAUGUUGACUAUGCCAAGUUUGAUGUGUGUGAAGCAAAUCAUUUGUUGAAAAUGGAUGAACAAUAUUUGGAUUUUAUUUUAACAUUUUCAAGAAAAAAUAUUGUAAAACUAUCAACGGACAAAGCCAUGUGGUUG